ACUGUGUCUUAACCAAAAAAUAAUCUAAAUCCUUAAAAAAAAAAAAAAAAACAAAAAAAAAAAAAAAACCGAAGUAUAACUGUUCUUCUUCUGUCUUUAUACUCGUCGGAGAAGGCAACUCAACUGAACAACAGCUAAAUUUCACUGAAAUUUUUCGCCGUCGAUUAAUUCGUUGACGGCAGUUUGCAUUGUUGAAUUCGGAGCUACUAAGAAAAUGAGUAGCUUGGUGGAGAGGCUCCGUGUAAGGUCAGAGCGAAGGCCUGUAUACAACAUCGAUGUAUCUGAUGAUGAGGUGGAUUUGGCACGUGGAAAAUCUGGGAACCCUUCAGAGAAGCCUGAGAGGAUAGCUAGAGAAGAUACGAAAGAAGAUUUAUGCCAAACAUGUGGAGAAAGUGGAAAUCUGCUGGAGUGUGAAACUUGUUCUUAUGCUUAUCAUCCCAAGUGCUUAGUUCCAAAACUGAAAGCGCCCUUCCCUGCUGAUUGGAAAUGUCCCGAAUGUGUUAGCCCGCUCAAUGACAUUGAGAAAAUACUGGACUAUGAAACGCGCCCUACUGCAGCUGAGGAUGGUGAUGCCUCCACGUUGGGUUCGAAGCAAAUAUUUGUCAAGCAGUAUCUUGUGAAGUGGAAGGGAUAUUCCUACUUGCAUUGCACAUGGGUGCCUGAGAAACAAUUUAUUGAAGCCUAUAAAACCCUUCCUCGUCUGAAGACCAAAGUGAAUAACUUUCACCGGCAGAUGUCAUCAGUUAACAAUUCAGAAGAUGAUUUUGCUGCUGUUCGAUCUGAAUGGACUACUGUUGAUCGGAUCCUCGCUUGCAGAGGAGAUGAUGAAAAGGAGUACCUCGUGAAGUGGAAAGAACUGCAGUAUGAUGAAUGUUCUUGGGAGUUUGAGUCUGAUAUAUCUGAUUUCAGGCCCGAUAUUGAAAGAUUCAACAAAAUACAGUCUAGGCGUCGUAGACAUUCUAAUAAGCUGAAAAACGUCCACCGUGAUUCUGCAGAAUCUCAUAAGAAACCAAAAGAAUUUCAACAUUAUGAACAGAGUCCUGAAUUUCUAUCUGGAGGCUCACUGCAUCCUUAUCAACUCGAAGGGCUGAAUUUUUUACGCUUCUCAUGGUCCAAACAGACGCAUGUGAUACUUGCUGAUGAAAUGGGUCUUGGCAAGACUAUUCAGAGUAUUGCUUUUUUGGCAUCUCUUCUUGAAGAAGGAGUUUAUCCCCAUCUAGUGGUGGCACCACUGUCAACGCUGCGCAAUUGGGAACGUGAAUUUGCAACUUGGGCACCGCAAAUGAAUGUUAUUAUGUAUGUUGGUUCUUCUCAAGCUCGUAGUGUCAUACGUGAAUAUGAAUUUUACUAUCCAAAAAAGUCUCUCUCAACGAAGCUUAAGAAAAAGAAAUCUGGUCAGAUUUCCAGUGAAAGCAAACAAGAUAGGAUUAAAUUUGAUGUCCUGCUCACGUCAUAUGAAAUGAUCAACCUAGAUUCUGCAUCUCUGAAGCCAAUUAAAUGGGAGUGUAUGAUUGUGGAUGAGGGUCACCGCUUAAAAAACAAGGAUUCAAAACUAUUUCUUCAAUUGAAGCAAUAUCAGAGUAAACAUCGUGUGCUCCUAACUGGAACACCUCUUCAGAACAACCUUGAUGAGCUGUUCAUGUUGAUGCACUUUCUUGAUGCUGGGAAGUUUGGAAGCUUGGAGGAAUUCCAGGAAGAGUUUAAAGAUAUUAACCAAGAGGAGCAGAUUUCACGGCUUCACAAGAUGUUGGCUCCUCAUCUUCUUCGAAGGGUAAAGAAAGAUGUAUUGAAGGAAAUGCCUCCUAAGAAAGAACUCAUCUUACGUGUUGAGCUAAGUAGUAAGCAAAAGGAAUACUAUAAGGCUAUUUUGACUCGUAACUAUGAGCUUCUAACUCGUAAGGGCGGUGGGCAGAUAUCUCUUAUCAAUGUGGUCAUGGAAUUGCGAAAGUUAUGCUGUCAUCCUUACAUGCUGGAGGGUGUCGAGCCACUAAUACCAGAUUCAACUGAGUCCUUUAAACAACUUCUUGAAUCUUCUGGAAAACUGCAGUUGUUGGACAAAAUGAUGGUGAAGCUUAAGGAGCAAGGACACAGAGUUCUUAUUUAUACUCAAUUUCAGAAUAUGUUGGACAUACUUGAAGAUUACAUGACAUACAAGAAAUGGCAAUAUGAACGUAUUGAUGGCAAGGUCAGUGGAGCUGAGAGACAAAUUCGCAUAGAUAGAUUCAAUGCCAAGAACUCUUCCAGAUUUUGCUUCUUGCUAUCUACAAGAGCAGGAGGCUUAGGGAUAAACCUUGCUACUGCUGACACAGUUAUUAUCUAUGACAGCGAUUGGAAUCCACAUGCUGAUUUGCAGGCAAUGGCCAGAGCACACAGGCUAGGGCAAACUAAUAAGGUCAUGAUUUACAGACUCAUAACAAGAGGAUCAAUUGAAGAAAGAAUGAUGCAGAUGACAAAGAAGAAGAUGGUAUUGGAGCAUUUAGUUGUUGGAAAGCUAAAGACACAAAAUAUCAAUCAGGAAGAGUUGGAUGAUAUCAUACGAUAUGGCUCAAAAGAGCUUUUUGUUGAUGAAACUGAAGAGGCAAAGGCCCGCCAGAUUCACUAUGAUGAUGCUGCAAUAGAUAGAUUACUUGAUCGUGAGCGCGCUGGAGAUGAAGAGACUACUUUAGAUGAAGUGGAUGACAACGGGUUUCUUAAAGCAUUUAAGGUGGCAAACUUCAAGUACAUAGAUGAAGCUGAAGCUGCAGCAAAGGAAGCAGCGGCACAGAAGGCUGCUGCUGAAACCAAAAGCACUGUGAAUAGCUCGGAAAGAUCCGUUUAUUGGGAGAAUUUAUUAAAAGAUAAGUAUGAGGUGCACAAAGUUGAGGAAUUUAAUUCUCUUGGAAAAGGAAAGAGAAGCCGUAAGCAGAUGGUAUCUGUUGAAGAUGAUGACUUGGCUGGUUUAGAAGAUGUUAGUUCUGAUGGUGAAGAUGACAAUUAUGAGGCUGAAUUAACCGACAGUGAGACAACUUCAUCUGGAGUACCUUCUGGCAGAAGGACUUACAAAAAGAGAGCUCGUGUUGAUGGUAUGGAAGCUUUUCCGCUGAUGGAAGGUGAAGGGAAAUCAUUUAGAGUGCUUGGUUUUAAUCAGAGCCAGAGAGCUGUUUUUGUGCAAGUUCUGAUGAGAUUUGGCUGUGGCGAGUUUGACUGGGUAGAGUUCGUACCACGGUUGAAACAGAAGACUUACGAAGAAAUCAAACAAUAUGGGGCACUUUUCUUGUCUCAUCUCUCUGAGGAUAUCACGGAUUCACCAAACUUUUCAGAUGGUGUUCCAAAGGAAGGGCUUAGAGUUCAAGAUGUUCUCGUCAGAAUUUCAACCCUGAUCAUGAUUAGGGAUAAGGUGAAAUCUGCUUCAGGAAGCCCUGGUGAUCCCCUGUUUGCAGAUGAUAUACUUUUGCGAUAUCCAACUUUAAAGGGUGGAAGGGUCUGGAAGAGAGAGCAUGACCUUAUAUUAUUGCAAGCAGUGUUGAAGCACGGGUAUGGAAGAUGGCAAGCUAUUCUUGAUGAUAAAGACUUGAGGAUUCAGGAACUUAUCUGUCAAGAGUUGAAUCUUCAAGUGAUAAAUCUUGCUACCCUUGCUGUUGGAGGUAAUCAGGCACAAAGUGGAUCACAAAUGGCAAAUAAUAUAGAACCAUCUGGUGACUCUGUGAAGGGCACUGUUAGUCAAAAUAUUUCAGCUUCUGAACCUGCAGCAGGAGGUGCAGAUGCUACCACCUUAUUGUAUCAGUUUCGAGAAAUGCAAAGAAGACAAGUUGAGUUCAUUAAGAAAAGGGUGCUGCUUUUGGAGAAGGGCCUACAAGCAGAAUGUCAGAAAGAAGUCUUUGGUGAUGGGAAGUCUAAUGGUGAUUAUUUUGAAGAUUCUGAAAAUGGAAACAAAGCAACACACAUGGCAACUACAACAGCAGAAUAUACAGACAAACUUCCUCAUAUUGAAGUGCUAGCUGCAGAAGAAGUAUCUUCUGCUAGUCAUGAUACUGAUCCUAAACGCCAGCAGCUGGCUGAACAUUAUAAUCAGAUGUGCAAGAUAUUGACUGAAAAUGAAAAGAUAUCUGUUAAAGCUAGUAUAAGUAAUGAAGCUGAUCCGAAUUUGGGCAAGACACUUUACCAGCUAGAAGAUCUUUGUGGAAAGGUCAACCAAAUUUUUGCUAUGCCUCAUAGUCAUCCUACUGCCCAUGGACCUGCAUCAAAAGAUCAGAAACAGCAUGAUGUAGGUCAGAGUAGUGUUCAAAAAUUAGGCCAGCCAUCUGAUUCUAGCCCACAUUUUAAGGCAGAGAACAUGGAGGUUCAAGCAACCCAAACUGAAAGUAAUCAUGGUAACUUACCCGGGCAAGCUUCCGAGGAUGUGGAGAUGGUGGAUGCAGAAGUUGAUGCAAAGACACAAUUUGAUGAAGGACAAGGUCCUGCUACUGAUGAACCUGUGCAGAAAGGGGAAGGAAAAUAGGGUUUAGAUGUUUUAGACUCAGAUCUAACCCUAUUGUGUAUUUCAUUUCCUUCCCAAAGUAGUGUAUUCAAACAAUCCAGAAACUCUUCAAACCACAGGUUUAGUUGAUUUAUCAAAGGUUACAUGAAACUGGAAACUAUGUUGUGAUCCUGCCUUUUGAGGUUAUGAAGCCAAGCUGCUAUUAUUCAUCAAUAUCUUAGAAGGCAGGAUCUUUCUAAUCUAAAUGGUUGAUCCUGUACUUGUCCUAUAUCAUAUAUGGGACUAUGGCAGCCUGCUAUAAUUAAUAGAGGCUCUUUCAUCUUUGCAUUCUGAACAAAGGAAUACUGAAUGGGCGCCUAAUCACCUAUAUGGGGCUAUGGGUUGCUUCAUGAUUAUAUAUGUAAAAAUCAUGUCUUGCAGAAUCCUUUUUUGCCUCCUGAGAAGCGGUCAGUAAGCGUUGUAAGAGAUUAUCAUACUUUAAGAAGCAACACAAUGGGGUGCAUCAACACCCCGAUUGUUUACUGACCAUGUUGUAAGAGAUUAUCUUACUUUAAAUAGCAACACGAUGAGAUGCAUCAACACCCUUUUUGUUUACCGACCAUGAAGAGUAUUUGGUAAUGAACUUAGAUGUAAUUUUGCAAGGAAAAUUUAUGCUACCAUUCAGUACCAUCUCUUAAUUGGUAGUGAAUGCUUCUAUCUAUGUUAAAUAUAAUAUAUGAGA